AUGAUAAACUCCACAGAGGUUUCAUAUUUCACCCUUGCUGCAUACUUUGACACUGGGCUUUUUAAAUACCUGUUUCUUAUGAUUGUCAUGUCUUUAUAUCUUCUCAUUAUCUGUGCCAAUGUUCUGCUGAUUGUAGUUAUCUGUCUGAACAGAAGCUUACAUGAACCCAUGUACCUGUUUCUGUGCAGCCUGUUUGUAAAUGAACUGUAUGGUAGUACAGGGUUGUUUCCAUUCCUGCUGGUUCAGAUCCUCUCUGACAUUCACACUGUUUCUAGAUUCUUUUGUUUCCUGCAGAACUUUUUUUUAUACUUUUAUGGAGGCGUAGAAUAUUUAAAUUUAGCCGUCAUGUCUUAUGACAGAUACCUCGCCAUCUGUUGUCCUCUAAAAUAUAACACUCAAAUGACAGUUAACAAAAUUGCCAUCCUCCUUAUUAUAACAUGGUUUUGCCCUUUACUGUUGUGUAUUGUGAUGGUGUCCUUAAGUAACUCCUUACAGCUGUGUGGGACCGUUAUUGAGAAGGUGUACUGUGACAAUUACUCCAUUGUCAAACUGUCAUGUUCUGAUAUCACGAUCAAUAACAUCUAUGGACUUUUUAUUACUUUAUUCUCAAUCUUUUGCCCUCUAAUUCUAAUCGUCUACACUUACAUGAAGAUUCUUAAAAUCUGUUUUUCUGGUUGUAAACAGAGCAGACAAAAGGCUGUCAGCACCUGCACACCUCACCUUGCUUCUCUGUUCAACUUUUCAUGCGGGGCUUGUUUUGAAUUAUUACAGAGCAGGUUUGAUAUGAAUAAUUUACCCAAUAUUUUGAGAAUUUUUUUAUCAUUAUACUGGCUUACAUGCCAGCCACUUUUCAACCCUUUACUGUACGGUCUAAAUUUGUCCAAAAUCCGCAUCAUAUGUAAAAGUCUCGUCUUUGCUGAAAUGUAG